UAUAUUACGCAUGUCAAUGAGCAAACAUGAAUUGCAUCUAUACGCAAGAUUCAACAGGUCCCAACAAAUUUCUACAAAUAAAACACUCCCCAGCGCAGCAUCACCAUUCACCAGGCAAAAUGGCUCUGAAACUCCAAACUUUUCUUCACCUCUUCGUUCUCUCCAUUCUCCUAUGCACAUCAUCUUCAGAUCAUAGUCUUGCGAAAGCCUUGGUAGCUCCUCCGAUCAAUGCCUUGGUGGCUCAAAUAACCAAAGCAGCCGAGACCUCUCUGUACACGCUCUCACUCUCGCACAAGGACUACUUGCUCGACCUCUCUGGCCCGCUCCUCUGGUCGCCCUGCUCCGCUGGGAACCCCACCGUCCCGUGCUCCGCCGCCGAGUGCACCGCCACGUUGGGGACGCACAGGUACUUCGCCCAAGGCCAGUGCAGGUGCACCGCUCGCCUCAAAAACCCCGUCACGGGCGACCGGGCCGUCGUCGGCGAUCUCACGCUCGUCGAUGUAGUCACCAACGCAACCGACGGGAGCACGCCGACGGCCGAGGUCACUGUCGGCGGCGUACUCUCUGCGUGCGCUCCGGCCGGUUUCCUCGGGUCUUCGCCGUUGCCGGCGGCGGUGGCCGGUGACGCGGGCCUUGGCCGGGGCUGCGCCAGCCUGCCAGCGCAGCUCCACUCCAAGUUAUCACUCAAGCGGCAGUUCGCCGUCUGCCUGCCGAGCACGGUUGGCCGCAUCGGCGUGGCGUUCUUCGGGGACGGGCCGUACGGGCUCAUGCCGCCAACGCCGUUCGACGUGAGCUCCGUCCUCUCCUACACGCCCCUCGUUCGCAACCCUUGGAACCCCUCCGCAUACACCAUCCAGCUCGCCGGCAUCGCCAUCAACCAAGAAGCCGUCCAGCUCCCGCCCGGCGCGCUCGACCUCGUCACGCUCGACACGGCGGCGCCGUACACGGUGCUGCGGCACGACGUGUACCGCGCGUUUGUCGCGGCCUUUCAGCGUGCCACCGCGAGUGUGCCGCGCGUCCCGGCCGUGGCGCCGUUCGAGGUGUGCUUCAACAUCAGCGAUCUCGGGUUCUCGGGGGUCGGGUACGCCGUGGCGCCGGUGGACCUGGUGAUGGCACGCGGCGGCGGGAACUGGACGGUGUUCGGUUUCAACUCGCUGGCGGAGGUGGCGGACGACACGGCGUGCCUGGCGUUCGUCGACGGCGGGUGGGCGGCACCAAGCGCGGUGACCGUCGGUGGGUUUCAGAUGGAGAAUAAUUUCUUGGUGUUCGACGAGGCCGCGUCCAGGCUCGGGUACAGUGGCGCGCUGCUCUUGACGAGGACCGCUUGUGGCAACUUCAACUUCGCGAGGAACUGACCGCUCUCUCUUUGUGACUUGGAUCGGUACGGCUGUGAUACGAAACUUCACUUUGUACUUGCUAAAUAAAU